AAAUCCCCCGACUCCUCGCUUCCUCCCGUUUGUGGCCCGAGCCCCCGCGACACGCCGUCGCCGCCGCGCGCCUCGGAGAAGAGAGGGAGGCGGCCGCUGCACCGAUCCCGCGCCACCCCCGCCUGAUCCCCCCCGGCACCGAUCGGGUUUGAUCGAUGGCGUCGAAGAGGAUCCUGAAGGAGUUGAAGGACCUGCAGAAGGACCCGCCCACCUCCUGCAGUGCAGGUCCUGUUGGUGAGGACAUGUUCCAUUGGCAAGCUACCAUCAUGGGGCCCUCGGACAGCCCAUUUGCAGGUGGGGUAUUCUUGGUGAACAUUCACUUCCCACCGGAUUAUCCUUUCAAGCCACCAAAGGUGUCUUUUCGCACCAAGGUUUUCCACCCGAACAUUAACAGCAACGGCAGCAUUUGCCUUGACAUCCUUAAGGAACAGUGGAGCCCUGCUUUAACCAUAUCGAAGGUUCUCCUGUCAAUCUGUUCGCUGCUCACGGACCCGAACCCUGAUGAUCCUCUUGUCCCUGAGAUUGCUCACAUGUACAAGACUGACAGGGCCAAGUAUGAGUCCACUGCACGCUCCUGGACGCAGAAGUAUGCCAUGGGCUAGAAGUGUGGCUACAAGCUGGCCAAACUGGUGAAUGUGCCGACCCCAAAAAUCGUUAUCACCUAAAUAACCAGUCAAGUCACUCUGUCCCAGCAAGUAUGAAUGGACUUUUGAGGGCUAUUGUGUCCUGUUGAACUCAUAUGUAUUACCUUGUGAAGUCCGUUGUGUCUGGUAGUCUGUUCUACCUGACCAUUCCGUUAUCUGAUGUUGCUUCGUUAAUCAUCAUAUUUCUGUAUGGUUCGUGGUGUC